CACCCCCACCCACAUGCGUUACGUCUAUGUACCUGUCACAAAUUCGAUCGACGCUACUUACAUGUACAUACCUACAUAGAGGUAGCUUGCAACACCAAAAGUCACAUUAUACGAUACCUAGAUCCAAACAACAUCUGCUAAGCUAGCAUUAUCAUAGGCAGAUUUACCUACUUCCAACCUCGCUCACUGGUUAUCUGCCGCUUAAAGCAUACAGCCACAUCCUAACCUAUUCAGAAACCGUUCCUAUACGCAAGCUAGCUAGCUACAUAGGUAGCCAGGCCCUACGUCGCUACCUAACUUCUCCUUACAUCAGGUAGCUUAGGUAGCUGCACCUAUCCAUAAGGGAAAAAAAAACUAAAAGGAGAAACAAAAGUCGUGCUACAGAAAGAUAUAAGGGGGGAAAAGAAGCAGCAGCAAACAACACAAUGGCCAACCUCCCCUCCCAACACCCACACCUCUCCCUACACCUAACCGACCGCUCCCUCACCCCCCUCAUAACCUCAGCACCGCGCUCCCCCUCGCGCCUCGAAGCCCUAACCUCGCUCUCCCACGCCGCCCUCAGCGCGCACGAAUCCGCCUUACGUCUGGGCUUAGGCGCCCCUCUACGCGUCAUGGUCGAGCACGCCGACUCGGGACCUAUAGUGCUACAAUCGUUCCUACGCGCCGACACCAGCCCCAGCCCAACUUCCACCACCACCACCACCAACGACACCAACAUCAACACCAACCCGCCUUCCACCUCCGCAUCCUCCUCCUCCACCGCCGCCGACCCCGACCCCAACCCCAACUCCGAGCCCACAAACGGCACCCCUAACAGCCCCACCAGCCCCGUCGACCGCCGUCUCCAACAACUCCAAUUCCCCGCCGACGCCGUCGACGGCGCCCCCGAGCCCGAAGACGCCAACACGCCACCCAUGCUAAUCAGCGUCGUCGUAGCCCCCAGCGCAGACGAAGCCCGUGACGCACGCCGCGCCGCGGCUAGACUCGAGCGCGUGGGUCGGGCGAUACAAGCGCAGUGGGCCGAGGUGCAGACGGCGCAGGACGAGGGGGCAGGCGAUGCUGGGGACUGAGAUGGAGGGGGAGGGAGAAGGUACGGGAAAUAAAUAAACAAAUAAAUAAGAACGAAAAGAAAAGAAAAAGAAAAAGAAAAAGAAAAAGAAAAGAACGAGGAAGGUGGAAGGGGAAGAAUACGGCGAUGAUAAGAGAGGAGGUAUCGAUCAGCUCGGCCAAGCGAGGAAGAGGAACUACUUUGUUCUCUGCCGGAGAGUCUGCCGCUGCGGCUUACUACGCGCACUGAAGCUUAUAGCAGUCCGAAGGAGUACUUUUGGGGUCGAAGGGGGUUAGUUAGAAGCGAGUGGAAGCAAACCCAGCAUAUGGCUAAGAGGACAGACCCAGAUUACUUGCAAUGGGAGAUCUACAUGGAUCAUGUAGACUAUCUGACUUGCGCGUUGCUUUCUACUAGGUUACGAGAGGUCAUCUCUAAAAGCAAUCCACGAGACAUCUCUACAUGGCUAUUCUUACCCAUGAUGUACCAAGAGUAUAAUUAUAGCUAGAUGUCGUAAAAUACUAUCAUCUACGAAUCCAAAUUGGAUUCCGAGAACGGAUCAUCUUGAACCGGUCCUUAUUCUAUUCUAAUACAUCACAUCGUAG